UUCCCGGCGCCCCGCGCGGCGCUGCCUCUAUGGCGGCGGGUUUCUGAGCGCGGCCCGGAGCCACCGGCACCAUGCACAGCCUGGCCACAGCCGCGCCUGUGCCUACAGCGCUGGCUCAGGUGGACCGUGAGAAGAUCUACCAGUGGAUCAACGAGCUGUCCAGCCCUGAGACGAGGGAGAAUGCACUGCUGGAGCUGAGCAAGAAGCGCGAGUCUGUGCCUGACCUUGCCCCCAUGCUGUGGCACUCUUUUGGCACGAUUGCAGCACUCCUUCAGGAAAUUGUAAAUAUUUAUCCAUCAAUCAAUCCUCCAACCUUGACUGCCCAUCAGUCCAACAGAGUGUGCAAUGCUUUAGCUCUGUUACAGUGUGUUGCAUCUCAUCCUGAAACAAGAUCAGCGUUUUUGGCAGCUCACAUCCCUCUCUUCCUGUACCCCUUCUUGCACACAGUUAGCAAGACACGUCCAUUUGAGUACCUGCGGCUCACAAGCCUCGGGGUGAUCGGAGCCUUGGUGAAAACUGAUGAGCAAGAAGUAAUAAACUUCUUAUUGACAACAGAAAUUAUCCCCCUGUGCUUACGCAUUAUGGAGUCUGGCAGUGAACUUUCCAAGACGGUUGCUACAUUUAUUCUUCAGAAAAUCCUUCUGGAUGACACAGGGCUGGCAUACAUCUGUCAAACGUAUGAGCGGUUUUCCCAUGUUGCCAUGAUACUGGGUAAAAUGGUCCUGCAGCUCUCCAAGGAGCCAUCAGCACGGCUGCUCAAGCACGUUGUCCGCUGUUACCUUCGCCUUUCUGAUAACCCCAGAUGUAGGGCACGUGAAGCUCUCAGACAGUGCCUUCCUGACCAACUGAAGGACACCACCUUUGCCCAGGUCCUGAAGGAUGACACCACCACAAAGCGCUGGCUGGCUCAGCUCGUCAAGAACCUGCAGGAGGGUCAGGUCACUGACCCACGGGGCAUCCCGCUUCCUCCGCAGUGACUGCUGGGGGGGGGUGGGAGAUCUGGGAAGAAGCAGCUCAGGUUUACAAAGAACUAGGAACGGAUGACCUCUUCUAUAACAAACUGAGCGUGCCAGCUGACUUUCAGUCUGCCAGCUUGUCGGACCAUUCCACCCAGCCAAAGGCUGCUCUGUAGCAAUGCAGCAUGCCUCUGGGGAUCACAACACCAGCAGAUUCUGAUACCACAGCUUAAAAAGAAUCAAUAAAAAUAAUCUGUAAAGAUCCCUAUCUCUCCAGGAGGCUUGGCUGGCGUCUGUCCCUGCAUCAACAGGCAGGGGAUAGCACAGACAUCCACUUGUCCAGCUAGCUCAGACUUCACGCAAAUAGUGUGUGACAAUGGGUGUGUGCCACAACCCUCCAGUUCCUUGUCACGUCUUGUUUACACGUCUGCUUAGAUGAGUGAGUUGAGUUAAAGCUGAUCUUGUUGUUUUAUCCCCUGUACAGACUGCUGCUCAGCUGCAGGUAGCCUAGGGACAGCUUUCUUCCUUGCAGGCACAUCCUUGCUGUUCAUCCAUCCGGCUAGCACAGCAGGCUUCUCUUUUCCUUUCCUUUGGCACAAAGGCAGCAGCUGGAGUUGGGCACUGCAGUGCUUGCCCACGGGGAGGGGUAGAUUACUUGCAAUGAACCUGUGUGUCAUCAGCUUGGUUCCCAGGGUUCUGGAGGCAGAAGACAGCAAGCCUGUGGUUCCUGUGCUGUAAAUAGUGCAGUGCUCCUGCGGCUACUGACGCAGAACUAGCCAGCAGCUGAGGGCUGCUGCAUGCUGGCCACUGAUCUAGCAGAGCCACCACUGCCAGUCCCCUACUGCAGGACAGCAGGGAGCUGCAUCCUGCAGGCUCCAGGUACACCAGCUCCCCUGUCCCCCGCUGCCUGCCGAGCACCUCAGUCCUGAUCACGUGCCUCCCAGCUCAGCUUAGCCAUCCGAGUGCAUCCAUUUCAGCUUUCAAACCUGCCUUGGCGUCUGUCUCAGCCCCACUGCAAUUAAACUGUCUGGACUUGCAGCCACUUACCUGUCUUCCCUGCCUGGAGGGGUGGUGUGGCCCUGGCAGGGCGGGCUCUGGGUGGCAGCUGGGGAGUUCUGGGGCUGUGCUGCAGCAGCCAGCUUUGCUGGCACUUGGCUGCAGGCAAGCUGCUCAUCCCCCUCCAGCAGCCCAUUUUGCUGGUAAUCUGCAGUGUUAUGCCAACAGUGUCUUAAAUCCCAUCUGGUUUCCCCUCCCUCUUCCCAUUUCAGCCUUUGCAUAACGAGGGCAGAGCCUGGCCUCUUCCUUGCCCUUGGGUCCCAUUUUAUAACCGUUGCCGCCUUUUUUUUCCCUUCUCCCUAACCCUGACCUUGACGGGGUGUGAAAACGCUUCUGUUUUUGUAAGUUUGGGUUAAUAAAUAAUAAAACCCCAGUCAGCA